UCUCCUCUCACUCUCACUAGGAGGAGAUGCCAGACAUUGCCCUUAACACACUCGACUACUAACUGUCGCGCGGGAAACAAAGGGUACUGUAGAGUCAAUAGUCUCGCGCUCUAUCCAAGCCCAUCAAGCCAUGUGAAAGAGAUCUACUGCAAAGGGACGUCACAAAUAUACGCCGUCGGGUUGAGCUCCGCUCCCCGGAAAACAGAGACUACACCAACCCGUAAAGAACGGUGCUUGCAACCUGAGAGAGAAUAACAGAAUUAAUGGACAUCAUUAGAUAGUGGUUGUCAUAUUGAUUGCCUAAAUCGUUUACGCCUCCGAGCGGGGGUUUUGUUUUUUUAAGCAGAGGCGAGAGACACAUUUCUAUUCAAGGGGGAACGGGUCUGGCCAUCGAGAUGUCAGAAGCUUUGUCACAGCAAGAGAGACUCCGGGCUAUUGCUGAGAAGAGAAAAAAGGAGGCUGAGAUUGAGAACAAAAGAAGACAACUGGAGGAUGACCGCAGACAACUCCAGCAUCUCAAGUCAAAGGCACUGAGAGAGCGGUGGCUGUUGGAUGGAGCACCAUCCAGUGGGGAAGAUGAGGCACAGAAACAACUACAAGAGGAUGAAGCCAAGACCAAACUACUAGAAAAGACCAUCCUUGGACUAGAACAAGAAAUUGAUGAGCUUGAGAAUGGUGUGCCUUUGAAUAAAGCGUCUGAAGAUGGCAAAGAAAAUGCACCAGAUGGUCCAGUUAAGGUUGAGAAUGGCAUACAGCAGCCCAGCCCCAAUGCAGACCAAACCACCAAGAAACAGAUCACAGGCAUUGAGGCCAAGCUCCAGUGCACCAAUCCUGACGUUGCCAUUGAAAAUGCCAGUGCAGAUCACCCCGUCACCAUGGUAUUCAUGGGCUACAAGAAUGUAGAGGAUGAGGCAGAGACCAAGAAGGCAUUGGGCAUAGAGGAAACAGUGAAAGCUGAAUUUGUGGUCAUUGAGGACAGUGAGAGCAAAGGGGAGCAGGCCCCAUUGAACGGCAGCACCUCCACUCCUGACAAAGCUCAGGAUAAGGCCAAGAAUGAGGAGUCGAAAGAGGAAGGCAAUUCGAAAGAAAAGCAGUCAUGUAAGUGCUGCACAGUCAUGUGAGUCCCACCACUCACACUGAAGUUUAGACUCUUGUGGAAAACUGACUCCCUGACCAUAACGCAACAAUGAAUAAGUAUACCCUGUAUACUUAUUGUUAACUUUUGUUGUCUAGUAUGUAUGUCUUUUUUAUUUCUAUUAAUAUUUUUCUAUAUUUCUGUCUUGACAUUUAUAUAUCUAUAUAUACAUAUAUUUUCAUUAUGUAAUCUUAUGAAGUCUAGUAUUUUGCUUGUUGAAGAACAGAAAAUGAGGACCACUACAGAUUCUACUUCCCCUUAUUUUAUUUUAAGGAAAAUAAGAUAAACUUCUCGAUAUAUGAACAUUUAGCUGUUUAUCUCCCAUAUACGUUUGUGUUUCUAAAAUAUUACUUUAUUACUGAGAAGAAAUGAUUAUAUUGAUAUUGCAAUGUUAUUAUGCUUUUAAUAUAUAUUUUGUGCCUUUUGUUUUGUUUUAUUUUUUGGCCAAAUCAUCUCAGAUCACUGUGAACACUGGUACAUAGCGUGUAGUCUUUUUCCACAAUCAUACAUUCAUAUAUUUGUAAAUACGAUCCAAUUAUUUAUGACUGUUCAUGUUAGAAUAGAAUACUAACUAAAUAGGCAACUACAUCUACCCCAGAUCCCCACUUUUACCUACAGCAGCUAUCUGCUUUAACAGUAAAUCACUUUUUAUAGGUCAAAUGCUAUUUACAGGAUAAUCCGUUUUGAACAAAAUAGCAAAGAUAUUGCUUUUAUACUGUACGAUGUACAUGAAGGAUAACACUGUUAGACAUAAUUGUAAUCAAUAUUAAUUAUUUGAAGAUUAGGACAUUUUUCCCAAUACACUGAAAUGCCUCCUAUCACGUGUUAUUGCUCAUAUAGUUAAAAAAAAAAAAAAAAAAAAGAAAUAUAUAUAUAUAUAUAUAUAUAUAUAUAUAUA